AAGAGAGAGAGAGAGAGAGAGGAACUUAGUAAACCAUUCUAUUUUUAGUUCCUCCUAAAAUGCCUAAAUAUAUGCACCUUCUUCCACCCUCCCUAUAUUAACACCACUAUCCUCUUACAGCAUGUUUUUCUCUCUCUCUCUCUCUUGGAGAUUACUUGAUCAGCUUUACAACAAAUUCCAUUUGUAUGAAGAGAAACCUUUUCUUGCUUUGCCAACAUGGGUCGGGUGAAACUGGAGAUCAAAAGAAUUGAGAACACAACGAAUCGACAAGUAACCUUCUCAAAACGUAGAAAUGGUUUGAUUAAGAAAGCUUAUGAAUUGUCGAUUCUCUGCGACAUCGACAUUGCUCUUAUCAUGUUCUCUCCUUCCGAUCGUCUUAGCCUCUUUUCCGGCAAAACUAGGAUCGAAGAUGUUUUCACAAGGUUUAUUAAUCUCUCUAACCAAGAAAGAGAGAAUGCUCUAGUCUUUCCUGACCAGGAUAGACGCCCGGACAUCCAAAGCAAAGAGUGUCUAUUAAGGAUUUUGCAGCAGCUCAAGACUGAAAAUGACAUCGCUCUUCAACUCACCAACCCUGCAGCUAUCAAGUCCGAUGUCGAGGAACUUGAGCAAGAAGUGUGUAGAUUACAUCAACAACUCCAAAUGGCAGAGGAAGAGCUAAGGAGAUACGAACCGGAUCCAGUAAGAUUCACUAGCAUGGAGGAUUAUGAAGUUUGUGAGAAGCAACUUCUCGACACGUUAACACAUGUUGUCCAACGACGAGAGUAUCUCGUAAGCAGCCAUUUAUCUUCAUACGAAACAUCCACUAUGCAACAAGGCAUUGCAGGUCCUUUCGCAAACGGCGUCCUCGAAGGUUGGUUGCCUGAAAAUGGACACAAUCAAGUCAAUUUAUUUGAUGCAUCGGCUCAUUCUAACCAACUCAGAGAAUUGUCAUCGGCUAUGUACGAACCAUUGAUGCAAGGUAGUAGCUCAAGUUCGAACCAAAACAACAUGAGUGAAUGUCACGUAACGAAUCACAAUGGUGACAUGUUCUCUGAGUGGGCCCAGGCGUAUUCAUCAUCGGCCUUGUUCCCUUCUAUGAACCAGCAUGGAAGUGUAGGACCCAGUAUAGAGGAAAUGAUGCCAGGUCAGCAAAGUGAAAUCCCGGCAGUUACGACUAUGGAGGCACCACAACAAGCUAAGCUUGAAGUGGUCGACGACUAUGAAACAAGAGUUCCCCAGCUCAGUAGCCAAUAAUGUCAGAAACAUGAGUCCAUAUAUGUUAUUUAUUUUAUGUUCACAAUUUUAUUUUUAUGCAUCAACCCCAAAUAUUUUUUCU